UCGGAUUUAUUCAUUCUGCAUUGAAACAAUUGGCCGUUGUAAAAUCUGCACAAAGCCCACCACACACCAAACAAAACCUUAUUCAAAAGUCGCUCUCUAAAAAGCACAAAAACCAAAACCAAACCCCCCAAACGACGUCGUUUACUCUCCGGUUUACCGUUAUCAGUAGCUCAAACAAUGGCAAUCGCCGAGGAGAAACCGGCGACCUCGUCGGACGGCAAAGUAUGGGGGCUAUUCAGAUUCCCCUUCCGGAAUUCUCAGUCGGCAGCUUCGUCUCCGUCGAAUUUCUCUCACUACCAGCAGAAUUACGGCCAUGGAAACAGCAACACCCAUCCGCAGGCGGAGGGUUCCGGUGCUCAGGGAACAUCGGUUUCUUCAGUUGCUAGAUCUCUCCUCCCUGCGCGGCGGCGCUUGAAGCUCGAUCCCUCUAAUAAGCUCUACUUUACUUACGAACCAGGUAAACAAGUUCAGAGUGCUAUCAAAAUUAAGAACACAAGCAAGUCGCACGUAGCAUUCAAGUUCCAAACAACUGCACCGAAAAGCUGUUUCAUGCGUCCUCCCGGGGCCAUUCUUGCUCCCGGUGAAAGUAUCAUAGCAACUGUAUUCAAGUUUAUCGAGCCUCCAGAGAACAACGAAAAGCCUAUGGAUCAAAAAAGCAGAGUGAAGUUUAAAAUCAUGAGCCUGAAAGUGAAAGGACCAAUGGACUACAUACCCGAACUGUUCGAUGAGCAUAAAGAUGAAGUGGCUGUGGAGCAAAUACUUAAAGUUGUUUUUUUAGAUGUCGAACGCCCUACCCCUGCUCUGGAGAAAUUAAAGCGCCAGCUGGCUGAAGCGGAGGCUGAACUCGAGGCCCGGAAAAAGCCUUCAGAAGACACGGGCCCGAAGUUUGUUGGAGAAGGACUCGUUAUCGAUGAAUGGAAAGAAAGGAGAGAGAGAUACUUAGCUCGUCAACAAGUCGAAGGAAUAGAUUCCGUAUGACUCGAGUUACCUAUGGCUGAUAUUUCUUUUUUUUUUUUUUUUCUUUUUUCUUCGUGGGUUAAAUUCUGCAUUUUAAUCUGAGGGGUGUAUAGAUUUACGUAUCGAACGUUGAUUAUGCUAAAAGUGUUAUAAUCCGUAAUUCAAGAAUGUGUUUCAUUUGAUUUGAG